CCCACUCCAGUGCGCGCGGUUGAGGGUGACCCAUCAUCAGGAUCUAUGUUGUCUCCAUCAAAAAGACCGCAUACCUGCCUCAAUGGUCCGCAUACCCCCGCUGAGUCCAUGAAGCACGAGUAUGCAAUCAUUGUGCUCCCCUUGAUGGAAGCCUAACACAUGCGUGCACGAUGUAUUUCAACAGACGAUCGAAGAUCCACAGCGAGGGAGAGCAGUUAGUGUUGACCCCUCUUAGCCAGGAAUCCCCCGUCCAGCAGGACCAGCCCAUGGGCUCCAACAUGUGCUCCCGUCUGGCAGACAGGUUUGAGAAAACCUCGCCUCUCUCCCAUCACUCAAACGGUGCAGGACCCGCGUGCUCGGCCACUGGCUACCGCAAGGCAGAGGAUGAGAUGUCCGGAACCACAUCCCAGGCGGACCCGAUAGAUGCCACAGCGCGGACUGUGCUCCUCAACCGGCCCCAGACCACCAAAUAUUGUGACAACCAUGUCAGCACUGCUAAAUACGGAAUCCUUACCUUCCUGCCACGCUUCCUGUAUGAACAGAUCAGACGAGCAGCUAAUGCUUUCUUCCUCUUCAUCGCUCUCAUGCAGCAAAUCCCUGAUGUCUCACCAACGGGUCGUUACACAACGCUGGUGCCACUUAUCUUUAUUUUGACAGUGGCUGGGAUCAAAGAGAUCAUUGAGGAUUAUAAAAGACACAAAGCAGACAAUACAGUGAAUAAGAAGAAGACAACAGUUCUGCGUAACGGAGCAUGGCAGACCAUAAUAUGGAAGCAGGUGGCAGUGGGAGACAUAGUCAAGGUGACUAAUGGGCAGCAUCUCCCAGCUGACAUGGUCAUAGUGUCCUCCAGUGAACCUCAAGCCAUGUGUUAUACUGAAACAUCCAACUUAGAUGGAGAGACCAACCUGAAGAUCCGACAGGGUCUCUCUCUGACAGCUAGUGUUCAGUCUCUGGAGGAACUGAUGGCUUUAUCUGGUCGACUAGAAUGUGAGGGGCCAAACAGACAUCUGUAUGACUUCACUGGAACGCUGCGACUUGAUAACCACAACCCAGCUCCACUUGGGCCAGACCAGGUGCUUUUACGAGGUGCCCAGCUCAGGAACACUCAGUGGGUUGUGGGAAUUAUAGUCUACACUGGACAUGAUUCCAAACUCAUGCAAAAUUCCACUAAAGCGCCACUGAAACGCUCCAAUGUGGAAUGUGUGACAAACAUGCAGAUUCUUGUUCUGUUCUGCAUUCUUUUGGUCAUGGCUCUGGUCAGCUCCAUUGGUGCCGCCAUAUGGAAUGAACAGCACACGGAUGAGGCUUGCUGGUACCUUUCUCGUGCAGGUGACAUCUCCCUGAACUUCUGGUACAAUCUGCUGACCUUCAUCAUCCUCUAUAAUAACCUGAUCCCCAUAAGCCUACUGGUCACACUGGAAGUGGUUAAAUUUACACAGGCUCUCUUUAUCAACUGGGAUGUUGAGAUGUAUUACUCUGAGACAGACACUCCUGCCAUGGCACGUACGUCCAAUCUGAAUGAAGAACUUGGCCAAGUGAAAUAUCUAUUUUCAGACAAGACCGGCACUCUCACUUGCAACAUCAUGCAUUUUAAAAAGUGCACAAUAGCUGGAAUUACAUAUGGGCACUUCCCAGACUUGGAAAGCGAUCGAUCCAUGGAGGACUUUAGUCACCUUCCCUCUACAAGUCAUAAUUCAACAGAGUUUGAUGAUCCAGCUCUUAUUCAGAACAUUGAGAAGAACCAUCCCACUUCCCCUCAGAUAUGUGAGUUUUUAACCAUGAUGGCUGUUUGCCAUACUGUUGUUCCAGAGCGAGAAGAAAACCAAAUUAUCUUCCAGGCCUCCUCACCAGAUGAAGGAGCGCUGGUUAAAGGUGCCAAAAGCUUGGGUUUUGUUUUUACUGCAAGAACACCCCGUUCAGUCAUCAUAGAGGCGAGAGGAAAAGAACAGUCUUAUGAGCUGCUAAAUGUUCUAGAAUUUUCCAGCAACCGCAAACGGAUGUCAGUAAUUGUCAGAACACCUACAGGCAAACUGCGACUGUACUGCAAGGGAGCGGAUAAUGUGAUAUUUGAGCGUCUGCAUGAGACGUCACAGUAUAAAGACCUGACUGUGAUCCACUUGGAGCAGUUUGCAACAGAAGGGCUGCGGACGCUCUGUUUUGCAUAUGUGGAUCUAGAGGAGGGGGCAUAUCAGGAAUGGCUGAGGGAGUACACUCGGGUUAGCACAGUGCUAAAGGACAGAGCUCAGAAACUGGAGGAAUGCUACGAACUCAUAGAGAAGAACCUGCUUUUAUUGGGUGCUACUGCAAUAGAAGAUCGCCUGCAAGCAGGAGUCCCAGAAACCAUUGCAACACUCAUGAAAGCAGACAUCAAGAUCUGGGUUCUAACUGGAGACAAGCAGGAGACAGCCAUCAACAUUGGUUACUCCUGUAGGCUGGUGUCACAUGGCAUGUCCCUAAUCAUCGUCAAUGAAGAUUCCCUGGAUGCAACCAGGGCCACACUAACAGCUCACUGUUCCUCGCUGGGUGACAGUUUGAGGAAAGAGAAUGAGUUAGCACUUAUCAUAGAUGGACAGACGCUCAAGUACGCCCUCUCUUUUGAAGUGCGGCAAGCCUUCCUUGACCUCGCCCUGUCCUGUAAGGCCGUCAUCUGUUGCAGGGUAUCUCCACUGCAAAAGUCGGAGAUCGUGGACAUGGUGAAGAAGCAUGUGAAGGCCAUCACACUGGCCAUUGGAGAUGGAGCCAACGAUGUGGGCAUGAUACAGACGGCACACGUGGGAGUAGGCAUCAGUGGGAAUGAGGGCAUGCAGGCCACCAACUCAUCUGACUACUCUAUAGCUCAGUUUUCCUACCUGGAGAAGCUGUUAUUGGUUCAUGGGGCUUGGAGUUACAACCGGGUUACCAAAUGUAUCCUGUACUGUUUUUAUAAGAAUGUGGUUCUGUACAUCAUAGAGCUUUGGUUCGCAUUUGUAAACGGUUUCUCUGGACAGAUCCUGUUUGAACGGUGGUGCAUUGGCCUGUACAAUGUGAUCUUUACAGCACUCCCUCCUUUCACGUUGGGAAUAUUUGACCGACCUUGCAGUCAACAGAACAUGCUACGAUUCCCUCAGCUCUACCGCAUUACACAGAAUGCAGAAGGUUUUAACACCAAGGUCUUUUGGGGCCACUGUAUAAAUGCUCUCAUUCACUCCAUUAUUCUCUUUUGGUUUCCACUCAAAGUACUGGAGCACGACACUCCCUUUGACAGUGGCAACAGUGUCGACUACCUGUUCGUGGGGAACAUCGUCUACACGUAUGUAGUGGUAACUGUAUGUCUGAAAGCCGGUAUGGAGACCACAGCAUGGACAAGAUUUUCUCAUCUGGCUGUAUGGGGCAGCAUGGUGCUCUGGAUGCUGUUUUUCGCUGUUUAUUCUGCUAUCUGGCCAACCAUUCCUAUAGCGCCAGAUAUGUUGGGCCAGGCUGGCAGGGUGAUGCAGUGCUGGAGCUUUUGGCUGGGCCUUAUACUGGUGCCAACAGCAUGUUUACUCAAAGAUGUGGUGUGGAACGCAGGACGACGCACAGUAAGGAAGACUCUGCUAGAGGAAGUGCAGGAAUUAGAGGCUCGGGCUGUGGACCCUGGGGCAGCUGUCCUCAGAGAUGCCAGCGGCCGCAGUCUGAACGAGCGUGCCCACCUGCUGACUCGAGUCUUCUGGAAAACGCCCUCCAGUGUGGGACGCUCAAACUCUGUGCAGCAGACCGUGUCACAUGGAUAUGCAUUCUCACAGGAGGAGCAUGGUGUGGUGUCUCAGUCCCAGGUUGUACGCUCUUACGACACCACCCGUCAACGGCCCAGCCUGUAGCUGGGCAACGUUCUGCUGAGGGUCACCACAGCAGCAGCUGGUAGAGACUUUAAUGGACACACCUGUGCUGGGUGAUCCUGCUGUGCCCUUUUUGGAACUUUAAGUUGAACUAAAUUGAACUGGGCACAGCUAGCGCACUACUGGACCCAGCUACAUUUCACAUGGCCUCCCUUAACGAGGUCAGACUUUUUGGAGGGGGUGGGUGUACAGAAAUAGAGGUGUGGGGUGGGCGGGGAUAUUGUCACUCUGAAAUGGCCAGUCAAACUGAACGGACAGGCAAAAGGCGGCAAGAAGCAUCCAGAAGUGGAAAGUCAGGAGUCACAAGAUUGCUUCAUAAUGGAAUUUCUCUUUUGUCUGCAUUUGGCUAUAGUAUAUUGUGUGGGUGCAUGGAUUCAUUUGCACGUUUGUAUAUGUGAGCUAUAUAUGCACUGAGAAGGAUCUCAAUUUUGUUGUGUGUAUGGCUUGUCUGUUGCACUUGCGUGUGUGUGUGUUGAGUCCUAACAUCUAUGUCUCCAGAGAUCAGAGUUUGGCAUAUCCAUCAUCACCACUAUGAUGUAGAGUAGGGAAGGCCACUCUAAAUAAACACAAAACACCCACACACAGAGACACACCCACACAUGUAUACACACUUUGGAAGAAUGCAGUGCAUUACUUUAGACCAGAGAUUCUCAAACCAGGGCCCACAAGUGAUGACCUUCGAUUUGGUCCGCCAUGCGGUAAAUGACAAAAGGGGGGAAAAUGCUAUUGACAUAGCUUUUCAUUGCAUUAAUUUUGUGGAUUGCAGAGUAAUGUUUUUCAUAUAAGGAAAUCAUAAAGGAGGGGAACCAGGGCGUCUUUCUUAUUUUAAUAUAACAGUUUGCACGGCUUAAAAUUGGCCGUGGGUAUUGCACACAAUUGUAAUAAUUCCCGCAAGUUCCACAUUCAUAAACUUUACAGUGCAGCUGCGAAUUAGUAAAACAAUAGAUAUAGAUGAACAAAUCAAAUCAAUAAACUUGCUUUUGUAUCAAACUUUAAUUCCAGAAGCUGUAUAAGUAAAUCUCUCUCUCUCUCUCUCUCUCUCUCUCUCUCUCUCUCUCUCUCUCACUCUCUCUCUCUCUCUCACACACACACACACACACACACGUGCAGCUUGUUGAAUUUACUGUAAGUGUGCGCAGUGGGGAAGUGUUUUGUCGCAUAGUUACUGAGCUUAAGAUGUUACAGAUGUAUAAACCUUUCUAAACCUGUUAAUUCAACAUGCAAAUGUCAUUAUACCACGACUCUGUAAGCGAGCAACGCAAAAAAAAAUCCUGUUUAUAAUCAACAAAGCUGACAACAUUGCGAGCACGUGAAUUUGCCGUGGAGCGAUAUAGUUCAGCCACUUUUAAUAUAAUAUCUUGGCACUCCCUCGUUAGUCAUAAUGUAUCAUAUUUGCAAGAAAGGCAGAAAUAGCAAAAAUGCUUUGUGUAAUGUGCCAGCUGCAUGGUGAAGAGAGACGCUUAAACACUUGUUACAUUUCUCAUAUCCAACUCUUGUCCCAUCCAGGGUUGGAAGUUAAUGGGGGCUCUGGGCAAAAACAAUUCCCCUGCAAUCUGAUAUGGUUUUAAAUACAUAUUGUACAUCGCAAACUUAAUUUGAAUUAUUGCUGAACUUUAUUUGUUUCGUGUUGUCUAUUGUGCAGAUGAGUCCGUGGCGGAGGAUCGCACUAUAAAUGCACACAGACGAGCACUUGGUUUCUCAAGCUUUGCAGAUCAGUUCAGUGUCGUGCUCCUGUGCUAAAAUGACCAAAGGCUACAAUGUAGUUAAUACUAAUAUUAACAAAAAUAAUAUCUGGAUGUGUUAAAUUGCCUUGAUGUUAAAAUAAAGCGUUAUUAAUGAUACAAUAAUAAUUUUACAGAACACUAACUACUUUUAGUGAAUGAAUCAUAUCUCUGACUAAUGUUCAUUGUUAUAUGUUUAUUUUUGCAUUGUUUGAUUCAAUUGGCAUGGAGUUUUAUAUGUUAUAUUUUAUAUGAGUUUAUAUAUAUAUAUAUAUAUAUAUAUAUAUAUAUAUAUAUAUAUAUAUAUAUAUAUACACACACACACACACACACACACACUACCAUUCAAAAGUUUUGAAACACUUCACUGAAAUAUUUCUCGUGAUCUUAAAAAUCUUUUGAUCUGAAGGUGUAUGAUUAAAUGUAUGAAAUUAGUUUUGUAGUCAAAAAAAUUGUGCUACCAUAUUAAUUUAUUUCAUUAUAAAACUAAAAUGUAAUAAAUUUAAAAAAAGUUUUUGAAAUUGAUGAUUUGGACCAAAUAAUAAAUAAAAGCAGCCAUAAGUGCACUAAAUAAAUGGGAACCCCUUGAAAACUGUUUAAAAAGCAUCCCAGGCUGAUACCUCAAGAAAUAAGUUGAGAAAAUGUCAAGAGUACAUGUCUGCAAAUUCUAGGCAAAGUGUGACUACUGUGAAGAUGUUAAAAUAUAACAGUUAUUUUAGUUGUUAUUUAUUAUGUUUAGUCACAACAUAAUUCCCAUAGUUCCAUUUAUGUUAUUCCAUAGUUUUGAUGACUUUACUCUUAUUCUAAAAUGUGAAGAAAAAAAAAAGUGUAAUAAAGAAUGAGGAAUUGUUUCAAAACUUUUGACCAGUAGUGUUUAUGUAAAUGUAUCUGUGUGUGUGUGUGUGUGUGUGUGUGUGUGUGUGUGUGUGUGUGUGUGUAUGUAUGUAUAUAUAUAUAUAUAUAUAUAUAUAUAUAUAAGCUCAUCAUUACAAAUCUGGAGAAAUGCCAUAAUCUACUCUACUGUAUCAGCGCAUUAUUUUUGUUGGCUGUGUUAAUUUAAUAGACUAAAUAUUUUGAAAUAUGUGAAUGAGGAAAAGAAAAUAAGCAACAUUGCACAUUAUACAAUGUAGAGAUCAUGUGAUUUUGUAAUUAUUGAAACAUGCCAUUUUAAAAUGUAAUUGUUUAAAGUAUUUUACAUAAAAGAAUGAGUCAUUUAUAAGGUUAGGAACAAAUUACCUUUUUAAAGGUAAAAAAACGCCCCCCAUAUGAGCUGGGUAAGGGGGGAAUUCCCCCAUUUUCAGAAAUGAAUUUCAGGCCCUUAGUUUGUUUUAAUGCAACGUUUACUUUCACCCCACAGCCCUCAAUCAAGUUUGAUUUUUGUCGUUUCAUAGGAAAAAGUUUGGGCACCUCUGCUUUAGACCCAUCUCUAUAUCCACAGACCUGCUAGACAAGCAUGCAUCAUACCCCUCCCAUUCAACAUGUCUGCCAAAACACACAGCAAUUCCUCUGAGGCAGAACCCCCACUGCUGCUCCCAACCAGCAGCAUGGAGCUCCCCAACUCACACACAAAUACACCUCUCUCUCUCUCUCUCUCUCUCUCUCUCUCUCUCUCUCUCUCUCUCUCUCUCUCUCUCUCUCUCUCUCUCUCUCUCUCUCUGUGUCUAUCCCUUCCACUAAUCUUCUACUUAAUGUCAGCCUCUAUACAGAGACUGUAUCUUAAAGCUCAUGUUCUCUCCCUCUAUCUACCCCUCUCUCUUUCUAUUUCUCUCUCCUGAUCAGAAAUCUCCUUGUUCUCUUGGUCUAGUUAAUCUUUCAUUCCCCAAUCUGUCCCGCUCAGUGGUUGCUGUGGAUCACAGUUGUAGAUUUGCUUUGUCCGCUUUCACUUAACCUGUCAGGUUUUGGACUAUUUUGUCAAAUAAACUGGACUUGUGACUCUG